CCAUGUACGUCCAGCUGACAGAGGUGGUAGAGUUCUGUUGUUCCUUCCUGCUGUCUAAGAUCUGUCUGGAGAACUGUGCUGAAGUGCUGAGGCUGCUGGAGGACUUCAGCGUGGGGGUGGAGGGUGUGCAGGAGCAGCUUGACAACUUCCUGCUGGAGAACUUUGUUCCUCUGAUGAGCAGACCUGACUUCCUGUCCUACCUCAGCCUUGAGAGACUGCAGGCGUACCUGGACAGUGAUGCCCUGAGUCGCUUCCCGGAGAUAGAGCUUUAUGAGUCUGUCCAGGCCUGGCUACGACACGACCGCCGCCGCUGGAGACACACAGACGCUGUCGUCCAGUCUCUACGCUUCUGUCUGAUGACUGCUGCUAAUGUCUUUGAGAAGGUGAAGACGUCAGAGUUCUAUCGUUACUCUCGACGGCUGCGUCAGGAGGUGGACCAGGCUCUCGGCUACUUCCACGACGUCAACGAGCAGCCGCUGGUCGAGACGCGGUCUAACCGCAUCCGCUCAGUCCGACCACAGACCGCCGUGUUCAGGGGCAUGAUCGGACACAGCAUGGUCAACAGCAAGAUCCUACUGCUGCACAAACCCAAGGUAAGAUCCUACUGGUGGUGGGAGUUGGAAGGUCCCCAGGUCCCUCUCCGUCCAGAUUGCUUGGCCAUCGUCAACAACUUUGCCUUCCUGUUGGGCGGAGGAGCUAGGGCCUGACGGGGGAGUUCCACGCCCUCUAAAGUCUACCGUUAUGACCGCCAGAACUCUUGGCUACGCAUGGCCGACAUGUCUGUACCCAGGUCAGAGUUUGCAGUGGGGGUCAUUGGUAAGUUCAUCUACGCUGUUGCUGGCCGGACGCGGGACGAGACGUUCUACUCCACGGAGCGCUAUGACAUCACGACGGACCGCUGGGAGUUUGUGGACCCGCACCCGGUCAACAAGUACGGUCAUGAGGGCACAGUCCUAAACGGUAAACUCUACAUCACAGGAGGAAUCACAUCCUCAUCCACCUCCAAGCAGGUGUGUGUGUUUGACCCUGGGCGAGACUCAGGGGUGGGCUCGCACCCCCAUCCCCUCCCCAGCACACACACCAGCUGCUGGGAGAACCGUUUUAAGAUGAACUACGUGCGCUGCUUCCAUAAGGUGAUCUAUAACGGGAAGCUGUACGUGUUCCUGGGGUGUGUGUGAUCCUCCCAGGCGUCAUUCGAGUCGCAGGGCUGCCCAUCCACAGAGGUCUGACCUGGGACAGAUGAGUGGACCAUCCUGGCGAUGCCCAUCGGGCGCAGUGGGCACGGUGUGGCGGUGCUGGACAAACAGAUCAUGGUGCUGGGGGGCCUCUGCUAUAAUGGACACUACUCUGACUCCAUCCUCACUUUCGAUCCAGAUGACAACAAGUGGAAGGAAGACAGUAUCCAGAUGCCUUGCAAACUGGACGGGCUGCAGGUGUGCACUCUACACUUCCCUGAGUGUCUGGAGCACGUCCGGCGCUGCAGCUGA